GUUAAAAGAAGAUUUUUGACAUAACAAAGCUAGAAACGUCAAAGCUGUUGAAAGAAAAAUCAAAAAGUAAAUUGGUUCCGUAAUUUAGUUUAAAGUUUAUGAGAGACAAUUAUCUAAUUUUAAUUGCUAGGACUUUCCCCUGACGGUGUUCCACUCGUGAACGAUGACUGAAAGAUAGUACCAUAUUCAUUAUAGUGAUCAUUAUUGUUUUCUUUGAGGUAUGGCAAACUCCAACAAUAAAACCAACAAUUGGUUGUCACGCCUACGGCAGUUGAGUAUACGAAGAAGAUCUACAGAUAAUAUUCAUAAUAGUAUUUCCGAUGGGCAUGUUGCGUAUAGGAGAGGUACUACAUCUUAUAGUGCAGAUAAUAUGGCACAUCCUAAUAGUAACAGUGUUCGAAGAAGUAUUAUCAAGAUGCACAUAAGGGUUAAAAACGCAUUUAAAAAUAGAGGAUCUAGUAGCAACACUAAUAGAAAUAGCGUUCUGGCUCCCACCAAUUCCAACUCAUCAAAUUCGAACAGUAGAGUGACACUAGCAACUACAGUGCUUCCUAAAGAAAAUAUAUAUUUACUAGAACCAGUAAGGAGAGAUAGUUCUAUUCCUCAGUACGACGAUUCACCUUUAUGCUUACCAGUGCAGGCAUUGAUAGAAGAUAACCAAAGCACAACUGCUCCUGUGAUACCACCUAGAAGACGAAAUUUUCCACAAUUAUUAUCAGAAGUACAAAAUGGUAGGAUACCAAAAUAUGAAAUAGCAAAUCUUUCAAAUUUCUACUGGUAUUGGGGACCAAUAUCCAGAUCUCAGGCUGAGGAAAGACUUAAAGAGUCACCAGAUGGUGCUUUUCUUGUUCGUGAUUCCACUUCUGAUAGGUAUUUAUUCACAAUGAGUUUUCGGAACAUUGGAAAGAUCCUCCAUUCACGGAUAGACUACAGCAACUCAGGCUACAGUUUAUUUGAUCAAGUAGGUUAUAACAGUAUCGUAGAACUUGUAGAAGAUGCAAUAUCGAAAUCAAAACACGGCGUCUAUUGCUACACGAAAACAAAAGAUGAAAUUCACCCGAAUUUUCCCGUUAGACUGACAUUACCCGUAUCUAGGUACGACAAGGUACCGUCGUUAAAGUACCUAGCUCGUUUCGUUAUCAGACAGUACGUCAUUAUUAACGAUAUGGACCAAUUACCGUUGCCUGUAUCGUUAGUGAAAUAUUUACAAGAAGACGGACCUUAUUUUUAGUUUUUUUUUUUAUAAUCGAAUAAUAUAUGGAGAUGCUGAGUACUUAUUUUAAUUCUCAUUCUUAAGUUUUCAAAUUUUAUGGAAUCUAUAUCAAAUUAUAUGAACGAACCUUUUGUUAGUCUUUUGAAAGAGUUUCCAAAUUUGAUUUGGGUUAACUUUUCCUCGUUUUUCUAUACCACAUUAUUAGAAAUCAAAAUUUUCUUUUUGACUAUUUCAAUCAAUAACACUAGUAGUUAUAUGAGGCGCCUCGAAUCAAAACCCGCCAAGUCCAUCUCAAGAAAUUUUUGGAAAAGUGGAAAAACUGUCACAAACAGACCAAUCAUAAGAAGUUAUUGAUUUUUUUAGCAAAAAAUUAUAAAUCGUCUAUGAUGUAGAUCCCCAAAAUGGUUUCAUAAAUAAUUAGAAAAAUUUAAAAUCAAUAUCUGGACUUUUCGGAUUUUGAUACUAAGAUUGGGAUUUUACGGGAUUUGAAAGAAAAAUAAACUUAGGCUGCAAAGGGAUUGAGCUAUAAAAGCUGUACUAAUUGUAAUUUAAUAUUUUAUUAAAAAUAAACAAAGUCUUUAUUGUUAUACUAGAUCACACAAUAUCUGUAUCAAUUUCCUCAUCAACAAUAAUGUUUUCAUUUUCUUCAUUGUUGAGAUCUUCGCCUUCAUUGUUAAGACCUUCGGCUUCUUGGUUUUCCCAAUCGGGAUAUAAUUUUAAUGUCUCGUGUUUUCUCCACCCUUGUCCAAAGUGUUUUGUUAGCAGUUUCGCAACAUCCUGUAUUUUAGCAGCCUUAAGGCUAACCCCCUUGUUUAUGGCUUUUGGGUUUAUGUGAGACAUAUUAAACUCUUGGUUUUGUGACAGAUUUCGCUUGACAAGUUUCAGUUCUAUAAAAGAUUUCACCCUAGACCAGAAUGUUAUUUUUCUUCUUGUUCUUUUUUAGCAUAUUUCUUUUUGAUUAAUUGAACUUGAAGUGCCACAAGUUCGGUUUUUUUGAACUUUUUUAGAAUUCAAAUUUUCAGACUUUAACCGGGAUAGUGACUCUUAACAUGUUUCCCCAGAACUUCUUUAUACUCUUCUGUCUUAAGAAUAGUGUUGUUCUUCAAUUUGCUACAAAAUAACAGUUGUACUGAAUUCAGUAUAGAAAAAUCUAUAAGAAAUAAUAUCAAACUCACGUUCAAAAAAUAUGAACUUGACGGUUUUUGAUUCUAGGCUCCUCAUAUACUAGUUCGAUAUAUUAUGUAGCUUUAGGCACUGGUUAACUUAUAUUCUUGCUGUAGUAUCUAAAAUUCACAAGGAGUUGGUGAUUUAAUGUUUUCAACUGACCAACGUCAAUGCAGAUUGUUUCAUGGCAUUGUUUUUGACUAGAACUCAACCAACAAAGUUUAUUUCAAAAGACAAACAAAAUUAAUAGGAAUUAAUACUGUAAAGUAAUUUUUCAUUUCUUAAAAUAACAAGAAAAGAAUUUAAAAUCAGAAAUCAAAUGAUUUAUACCAUUUUUAGGUAUAUUUUUUUAAAAGACAAAACUUUUAUACAUUUUCGAACAAAAUUUAUAUAUUUUUCAGUCAAAAAAGUGAUGAUUUGACAAUUUGAAAAAAACUGACUUCUUUUUACUUAAUUAUUUUUAGAAAUGAAGAAAACUUCAUGUAAUCAAUCAUCGUUUUAUUUUAAUAAAUGUUAUUGUAAAUAUUUUCUUCUAUAUACAUAUACAGGGUUUUUUAAAAGUCUUGUAUAACAUCAUUAUGGUUACUUUAUUUCUAUUAGUUAGUCCUUAUAUUUUGUUUACAUUUCCACGCUAUCUUGGACGUACUCUCAGUAGCCUUCAAGGCUGUUUGGCUAACCUGAGAAAAUGUAAAUGUGCUGCUGAUUCUAGUUAAAUUUUGUACAAUACUAGUGGAGUGGUAAGACUCCGCUUUACGGACAGCCCUUCACUUUAUUCCGUUUAGUUCUGCCCUAUUUUCAAAUAGGAAUUUUCAUGUCCUGUUCUUCUAAAGCCCUUUUGAUGCAUUGAGGUGAAAUGUUGUCAGGGAAGGCUACUUAGAUACGUUUUGCUGUCAACUAGGCAAUGUAGUAAGGCAUAUGAAACAAAUUCGCUCUCUAAAAGAAAAUCUUCGGUGUAUGAAAAUUUUGAAUCAUUUGAAAGUAUGUUUAUACGGCUUACUCAAGGUAAGAAUCUUUUUUUUUCAUUGUCUCUUUUACGAAACCCUGUAUAUACUUUUAUACAUAAUAUGGUGCCUUGACAAUUCGUGAUCAUUAUUAUAAAUAUGUAGCACAUAUUUUGUUACUAGAGUAAAUCAUAAAUACCAAAUAUUUUACACUUUUGACGCUUUGUUUUGCAUUAACCGAAGCCGAAAUUUUAAAUUCGAUUUUUUUGUAUAAAAAAUAAACUUUCUUUUGUUAAUACAUUUUUAUUACUAAUUAAGAAAUUGGAUUAAAAGAUUUUAAUAUAUGGAUAAAUUUCGUAUUUAAAAAUUCCACUCUCAAAGAACAUAUCUAUAUAUUUAUAUCCUUAAUAAUGUUCUGCUGUUUGGUUCUUCAACUUUAUUACCAUAAUGUCCGAGUUAGCAGUUUGCACAAUAAAUAAUUAACUGGCGAUCCAUUAGAUACUGGUAGAAGUUAUUUACCGACCAAUAAAUAGUUAAAGUUUCUUUACGAAUAACCGAAUAUUUCACCUCAAGCUUAUUAAAAACUCUAGAGGCGAAACUAGUUGGUUCUCCUUGACAAUAAUGAGGCAUCACGUGUCAACUUCAAAGUAUCAGGAUCAUAAUGUACUAGACUAACAUCAGAACACAUGGUUUUUUAGAUUUAACUAAAGCACUCGCUCAAAUAGCCCAAGUUACAUUAUUUCUUAAUAAUGUAAUGAUUCACCAUAAUAACUCAAAAUAUCAACAUUAAGUCUUACUUAUGAGGUCUAGGACAUUCCAUAAUUACCUUGAUUUUAUAUCAUGCUUAUAUAGUCUUACUUCUGAAGUCUAGGACAUUCUAUAAUUGCCUUGACUUUAUCCGGAUUCUCGCGCAAGCCCUCCUUAUUAAUAAUAAAAUACUUAUUUUAAAUUUAAACAUUUUUAUAGAUUUAGCUUCAAACCGGAAGACCUCACUCUCCUUAAUACUAGGUCUAGAUUUUCUAAAUUCUGUUUUUUAUCGUUAUCACAAUAUUUUCAUUGAGAACCUACUCUACAAUCUUUUGAGAUAUGCUAUAAGUUGGGUUGGUACCAUUUGACAACCGAUUUAAUUAUUAAAUACUCCUAGGGCGU